AUGUUACCUGCUUACGUUUUGCGAUUGGAUUUUGUCGUAAAUUAUGUUAUCGGAGGCUUUGAACAAGGUGGUGGUCACGAUGUGGAUGAAGAAUAUGACGAUAUGAACGUCCCUUUCACCACAAGCAACUCAACCGGUGGCCCAAAUGAUAUCAUGCAGCAGUUAUUGCAAAGUAUUCUCACAAUACUCCAAAGAGUGGUGGAAAAUACUGGGAAUAACAACACAAUUUUGAACUUUCUCAAUAUUGCCGGUGACCCCCGAGAUUAUGCGUGGGGAUCAGAAUUAGAUAACAUUAUUUCUCAACUGAUGGAACAACAAGCCGGAAGGCAAGCUCCGCCUCCAGCUCCUGAUGAAGUCAUUGAAAAUCUGCCAAAGACGAAAAUUUCCAAAAAGCAAACAGGUUGGUAUUCUCAUACUUUGACGAUGCGUAAAUCUUUAUUUGAUUCUAAUUCAAAAAUCAUCAGAGGAACAAUUGGGUUGCCCGCCGGGACGAUAGUCAAAGAAAUGAUCAAAACAGCAAUGGUACUGGUCCUUCGGGAAACAACAAUAACCAUAAUAAUGGACCAUCAACGUCAACAGGAUUUCGGUUCACUGUCAGCUCUUCUUCUGAUGCAUCCUCCGGAAAUCGAUCGAACAACAAUCAACCGAAUCGACAAGAUGAACAUGAAAAAAUCGACCAUAUGGAUUUGGAUUCAGAAUCGUUGGAUUAGUAGAUGA